CUCCACCAGAUGGAGUCCUGGAGGCGGCUGCAUGGAGGACGGACUCCCUGACGUCAUCUACACACCGGUCGGCAAUUACCUUGUUACCUGCAGCUUAAGAAAUGGUUUGCCAAUACUUCGACGCCAGAUUGUUAACUUGAGAUGGACUUACCUGAACAUCCGGAUCUGGACCUCCUUUCCCCGUGCUCCCCUCGUGACGCUGGCGGAUUAUUACCCGCCAGAUGCCCAAGUCUCCACAGCAACUCUGACAGUUAAAACCAUCUUCCUUCCUAGUUCCAAUUGGCUAUCCGCCCGCUCUUUAUUUCAAGCCCUAGCUGACCUGUCCAUCUUCCAACGCUGCCUUCCCUGCUUCAUUCAAGCCGCUGCUGCUUUGUCUCCGUCAAAACCUCGCGUUUCUUGGAAAGACACUUCUGUGAACAAGGAAAGACCCAGAACCACAGAUUUUCCCCAAGGCCUCGCUUCUAUGCGUAGCACCAGUAAGUUAUCUUACUCACCGCUGAAAAUCACUCAGAUUUCCCACGACCGAAAACUCACCAUCUCCCCUGUUGUUUUCCUCUGCGUGCUGUCGGUGCUGCUGCCUACUGCUCAAACCAACUGGCACUGCUGUAAAUCGACCUCAUCCUCGUCGGCCAUCUGUCCACCCCAGCAAAAGAUCACCACAUCUGGCUCGUCCAUCUACAGGAUCGGCUAA